AUGAUUUCGAGAUCGGCUCUCUCUCGAAGCGUGCAACAGGCCGCCCGCCGGUCCGGCGCCGUCCCUCGCCGCGGCUAUGCCGCCGCCGCUGCCCCAACCGCAUCGUACGAGACUGCCGAUGUCAGUGGGCUGAAGAUUGCCUCUAAGGAUGCCCACGGACCGACCACGACGCUGGCGGUUGUGGCCAAGGCCGGAACUCGUUACCAGCCUCUGCCCGGACUGACCUACGGCCUGGAGCAGUUUGCCUUCAAGACCACCCAGCGACGAUCUGCCCUGCGCAUUGCCCGCGAGUCUGAGCUUCUCGGAGGCCAAUUGACUGCCUCUCACACCCGUGAGGCCCUCGUCAUCGAGGCCAGCUUCCUGCGCGAUGAUCUGCCCUACUUCGCCGAGCUCCUGGCCGAGGUUGUGUCCCAGACCAAGUACACCACCCACGAGUUCCACGAGGAGAUUGAACGAGUCCUGCCCUACAAGAAGGCCGCUGUCAACGCCGACGUUGCCGGCCUCGCUCUGGACAACGCUCACGCCGUGGCCUUCCACUCUGGUCUCGGUGCCGCCCUGAACCCCUCCACCACUGCUCCCUUCCAGAAGUACGUCAACGAGGAGUACGUUGCCAGCUUCGCCGACGUCGUCUACUCCAAGCCCAACAUUGCCGUUGUCGCCGACGGUGCUGGCUCGCAGGCCCUGUCCAAGUGGGUUAACCAGUUCUUCAAGGGCGUUCCUGCUACCGCCAGCAGCGGACAGACGCUCAAGACCGAGGCCUCCAAGUACUUUGGUGGUGAGCAGCGAACCAGCCACACCUCUGGCAACGCCGUUGUGAUUGCCUUCCCCGGAUCCGACGCCGCUGGCUCCAAGCCCGAGAUCGAGGUUCUGGCUACCCUUCUCGGUGGCCAGUCCACCAUCAAGUGGGCCCCUGGCUUCAGCCUCCUGUCCAAGGCCACUGCCGGAACUCCUGGUCUCUCCAUUGCCUCCUCCAACCAGGCCUACUCCGACGCUGGUCUUUUGACCGUCCAGCUGUCUGGUGCCGCCGCCUCUGUUCGCAAGGCUGCCGAGGAGACCGUCAAGGCCCUCAAGGCCAUCGCCGCCGGCACCGUCAGCAAGGAGGACGUGGCCAAGGCUGUCGCCAACGCCAAGUUUAACCUGCUCGAGAAGGCCCAGACCCGCGGCUCCAGCGUUCUGCUGGCCGGUACCGGUCUCGUCCACAACGGCAAGGUCCAGGACCUCGUUGCCCUGACCAAGUCUCUCGACGCUGUCACUGCUGAUAAGCUGAAGACUACCGCCAAGGCUCUCCUUGACGGAAAGGCGACAGUCUCCACCGUGGGUGACUUGUUUGUGCUGCCUUAUGCUGAGGAGCUGGGUCUACGGGUAUAG